AUGACGGGUCAGCGAAGACUGGGCUUCUACGGGUGUUAUAUGAGCUAUACGAUCCAACAGGUGUGUUAUGAUAGGAUCCGUUAUAAUGACGAUGUUCCCUGUCGAGGGACUAGUACUGUGAGGCCGACUGCUGCUACUGUGAGGCAGACUGGUGCUACUGUGAGGCAGACUGGUGCUACUGUGAGGCAGACUGGUGCUACUGUGAGGCAGACUGUUGCUACUGUGAGGCAGACUGUUGCUACUGUGAGGCCGACUGGUGCUACUGUGAGGCAGACUGUUGCUACUGUGAGGCAGACUGGUGCUACUGUGAGGCCGACUGGUGCUACUGUGAGGCAGACUGUUGCUACUGUGAGGCAGACUGGUGCUACUGUGAGGCAGACUGGUGCUACUGUGAGGCAGACUGUUGCUACUGUGAGGCAGACUGUUGCUACUGUGAGGCAGACUGUUGCUACUGUGAGGCCGACUGGUGCUACUGUGAGGCCGACUGGUGCUACUGUGAGGCCGACUGCUGCUACUGUGAGGCAGACUGGUGCUACUGUGAGGCCGACUGGUACUACCGUGAGGCAGACUGGUGCUACUGUGAGGCAGACUGGUGCUACUGUGAGGCAGACUGGUGCUACUGUGAGGCAGACUGGUGCUACUGUGAGGCAGACUGUUGCUACUGUGAGGCAGACUGUUGCUACUGUGAGGCAGACUGGUGCUACUGUGAGGCAGACUGUUGCUACUGUGAGGCAGAUUGGUGCUACUGUGAGACAGACUGGUGCUACUGUGAGGCAGACUGGUGCUACUGUGAGGCAGACUGUUGCCACUGUGAGGCAGACUGUUGCUACUGUGAGGCAGAUUGGUGCUACUGUGAGGCAGACUGUUGCUACUGUGAGGCAGACUGUUGCUACUGUGAGGCAGACUGGUGCUACUGUGAGGCAGACUGGUGCUACUGUGAGGCAGACUGUUGCCACUGUGAGGCAGACUGUUGCCACUGUGAGGCAGAUUGGUGCUACUGUGAGGCAGACUGUUGCUACUGUGAGGCAGACUGGUGCUACUGUGAGGCAGACUGUUGCCACUGUGAGGCAAACUGUUGCUACUGUGAGGCAGAUUGGUGCUACUGUGAGGCAGACUGUUGCUAUUGUGAGGCAGACUGGUGCUACUGUGAGGCAGACUGGUGCUACUGUGAGGCAGACUGGUGCUACUGUGAGGCAGACUGGUGCUACUGUGAGGCAGACUGGUGCUACUGUGAAGCAGACUGGUGCUACUGUGAGGUAG